GUAAACAUGGCGGAAGUCCAGAGGCGUCAACGUGGGGUGGAAGAAAGGCGCCGCAUACAGAAUGAAGCUAUGUGAGCAGAGAAAUGAAGCAGCGGCGGGGAUGGCGAACCAAACGCUAACGGUACUCUUGAAGUUUUUAGCCGCAGGCUUUUACGGAAUAAGCUCGUUCUUUAUAGUUGUGGUGAAUAAGAGCGUCCUGACCAAUUACAGGUUCCCAUCUUCAAUAUGUCUUGGCAUUGGUCAGAUGCUGGUAACAGUUGUUGUGUUAUGGGUGGGAAAGGCACUCCGGGUGAUCACCUUCCCUGAGUUUGAUAGUAGCAUACCUAGAAAGACAUUUCCACUACCUUUUCUGUAUGUAGGGAAUCAAAUAACGGGACUCUUUGGAACAAAAAGGCUUAACCUGCCAAUGUUUACAGUACUGAGGAGGUUUUCUAUUCUUUUUACUAUGCUUGCAGAGGGAUUCUUGUUAAAAAAGAAGUUCUCCCGGUCAGUUCAGCUAAGUGUAUUUACAGUGAUUCUAGGGGCCUUUGUAGCUGCAAGUGCUGAUCUGGCCUUUGACCUGCAAGGGUACCUGUACAUUUUAAUGAACGAUGUCUUAACUGCUGCCAAUGGGGCUUUUGUUAAACAGAAACUUGACUCCAAGGAGCUUGGAAAGUAUGGCCUGCUCUAUUACAAUGCUUUAUUUAUGAUUCUCCCAACUCUGCUGUUGGCACAUGUCACAGGAGACAUUGAUAAGGCUUUUGAUUAUGAAGGUUGGUCAGACGUGCUUUUUAUAGGUCAAUUCAUCCUUUCUUGUAUAAUGGGGUUUGUUUUAAUGUACUCCACAGUGCUUUGCACUCAGUAUAACUCUGCGCUAACUACUACCAUCGUCGGCUGCCUAAAAAAUAUAUUAGUGACAUAUAUUGGAAUGGUGUUUGGAGGGGAUUACAUUUUCUCAUGGACUAACUUCAUUGGUCUAAACAUCAGUAUUGCUGGAAGUCUGGUGUACUCCUAUGUUACCUUCACAGAGGAGCAGACCACCAAACAGAGUGACAAUGCCAACAAACUGGAGGUCAAAGGGAAAGUGGCCGUAUGACCACCAGUGUUUGGACACUUGGUCGGCAUGCACAGAGUCGGCAUGACUUUGGGUUUUUGCAUUUGUUGCAAGAACAAGUAGUCAGUGAAGUCACUCUGGGGAUGUCUUUAAGUGUCAUGAAGAUAUUGACUGUAAAAGGUACCGCAGGUGCAGACAGGACAUAGUCUCAAAUGAAAGCCGAGUCGAAACUUAUUGCUGGAAUGUGUUGUUUCAGAGUGAAACGGUCAUAAUAACAUCAGUAAAUAUUUAGCUGUUAAUUGUUUGUGUUAGAAAUGGGACUGUUUGUGCCCUGAAAUAAACCGUUUUCCAGGGCAUGUUGUACUUUGGCUGCUAUUGCCGUAAAGUGGAAUUGAUGAUUGUCAUUAAUGUUGAAACACCUGUUGUGUUGCCUGUUAAAGUGCUUUACAGAUGCGUUUAAACUAGUCAGUAAGGCUAUUUAUUUUUAUGAGACUGACAAUUUUACAUUAUUUUAAUUGUAAAAAAGGAGUUAUUUUUUUUACAUUGUUAAAUAGUCUUACGACAGUUCUGUUACCCUGUUACAAUACAAACUGAACCAUAGUUUAUCUCCAGAGGUUACUGGAAUGUUCUUUCAUAGCCUGAAUGAUAAAUGGGGAAGUGUGUGUUUUAAGUGUUUAAAUCUAUAAGGUACGUGUGUGCAACAAAGUGGAUGUUUGAUUUGAAUCUUUUUAAACAAGUUUUAAAGAGAGAUUUUCUGUUUAAGAGUUCAGAAUGUCUAGCAGUCAUUUCACCUGAUAUUCUAAACUGCUUUUCUAAUUUUUUUUUUUGUACUUUGGAAUGGGAUGCAGUAACACUUGAUUUAUAUUGUACUGAUGGAAUCAUGCUUUGUUUAUUAUUGGAUAAAUGGUGUAGUGGUUGCACUUUAACAGUUUACAGGUUCUCAAUUAUCAGAGAUUUUAAAUAUUUGUCAGUAGAUUUUGCAAAGACAUUAUAAUACAAGGUUCAAGAAUAUCAGUAUUUAUUUCAGAAUUUCAUUAUUUUGAUUUGUCUUUGUCAAAUGUGGCUACAUUAAAGAUAUGGCAGAAAGAGAAUUAAGAAUGCUACUUUUUAUGUCUGAUGGUGCUUUUUUUUUUUUUUCUUUUUUUUUUUUGACAAAUCCUAACAAUGUAUUUUGAGCUUAUUGAAUGAAUGUCCAUUCACAUGCAUGUGUUUGACAUCCAUUCUAUGCAAUAUCACAGGUUUCUCAAUUAUUUUUUUGUUCUAUAAAUGGAUAAAACAACUGGAAAAAUGUGAUGUAUUCAAGGGGUUACUGAUUGAAUGUCUGUUCACAUGACUCUAUGCCAUUUAUUUAACAUUUAGUCUGACCAUAGCUUUGAAAUUCUGUUAUUUUACAGAUAAUAGAUGCAUUUUUUGGGCACUGACUUCAAAGACCUACUGUUGCUGCAAAUGUUUUUAAUUUCAUGAUAAUUACAUUUUUAUUCAAAUUUUUCUUUUUGUAUAUAUUUUUUAAAAUUCAGUAAAAACAGAAAACACUUGUCAAAUUGAACCAUUAUACUUAUGUCAAGAUGUCAGCAAAUGCUCUUAUUUUAGCAAUGAGAAGCGGGGUGUGUGUGUGUGUGACAUUUAAAAUACCUCAACGCAAGAUGUAUUUUGUUAAUUUAAGUUCAUAAAAGAAUGAAUGUUUUUCUUUUGAACAUUCUUUUUACUUUUUUUGUGUUUGGCAAUAAAGUUUUAUACACACAAGGAGGUCUGUAUAUUGUAGGAAAAUUCACAUACUGUGGUUGCAAAGAUAAACUAGAGAUUGCACCCAGUCAACCUAAAGUUAAAAACUGAAACUUGAGUCUGAAAGGAAUGUAUAUUCAUCCAAAAGAAAAUAAAAAUAAAUGACUUUAAAACAAGUGUUUUAGUUCUUCUACAUAUGAACAACAGUCAACAACAUUAGUUCAGUGAUUACUAUGUUUGAUAUGUUUAUUUUAUUUACUUGCUGUAUAUUGCAACUAUAUUGUAAAAUGCAAAGUCUCUCCGAAAUUGAUGAGAAGACAAAGAGAAAACUGGUCAGGGAGGCUGUCAAGAGUAUUACAGCAACAUUAAAGGAGCUGCAGCUCUUUCUGGCAAGUAAUGGUUGCUCCCUACGUGUGACCACUAUCUCCCGUAUUCUUCAUCUUUCUGGGCUAUAGGGCAGAGUUGUAAGACCAAGCCUUUUUUGAUGAAAAAAGAAAAAAAAACAUCCAAGCAUGGCAAAAACCUAUAUCCAGUCUCCCAAAACCAUGUUGAAAAAUGUGUUAGGGUCUGAUGAGACCAAGAUUGAACUUUUUGCCCAAAAUUGUAAAAGGUAUAUUUGGCGCAAAAACGACACCACACAUCAGCAAAAGAACACCAUACCCACGGUGAAGCAUGGUGGUGGCAGCAUCAUGCUUUGGGGCUUCUUUUCUUCAGCUGGAACUGGGGCUUUAGUGAAGGUGGAGGGAAUCAUGAAUAUCUCCAAGUACCAGUCAGUUCUGGCACAGAAACUUCUGGUGUCUGCUAGAAAGCUGAAAAUGAAGAGAACUUUCACCUUUCAGCAUAACAAUGAUCCAAAGCACACAUCCAAAUCAACAAAAGAAUGGCUUCAUCAAAAAGAGAUUAAUGUUUUGGAAUGGCCCAGCCAGAGCCCAGAUCUGAAUCCUAUAGAAAAUCUGUGUGGGGACCUGUAGAGGGCUGUACCCAGGUGAUGGAUCUGGAAUGGUUUUGCAAAGAAGAGUGGGAAAAUAUUCCCAAGUCAAGAUGUGCCAAGCUAAUAGACUCCUAUCCAAACAGACUGAGUGCUGUAAUAAAAUCAAAGGGUGCUUCAACUAAGUAUUAGUUCAGGGAUGUUCACAUUUAUGCAGUUAGGUUAUUCUAAGUUUUGUAUUUUAUUUUAUUUUGUCUCUGAAAUGUGCCACUUUGGUUUUCAGUGGCAUUGCAUAAGUUGUAAUUUUUACAUUAAAGGUGCAAAAAUUCUGAUAUGAUUUCUUUAAUUUUUGACAUCACAAAAACCUGCUGUUUUAACAGUGGUGUGUAGACUUUUUAUAUCCACUGUACAUGAGGACAUUUGCUGAUGCUGAUAGUCUCAUACACUUUGGUGUCCCAUUACUUUUUUAAAAAAAAGCAUUAAUGUGGCAUGAAUUUUGUUGUGUGAGCUAUUAGAUAUCAGACAAACUAUUAUCUUAAAUAAAAUAAACCUUGUAUGAAAAGUAGCUAGUUUUAAAAGCAUGUCUAUCUCACCCUUUAAAUGGGGAUUUUUGUCUGUCCUACCUCAGGGGUCUUGACCUUCUCGACUGUAUUCAACAGUUAAAAUCAACGUCACAAUUUUGACAAUCUACUGGAUUGAAAUUUAAUUGUAGAAACAUUUUAAUGUAGUAGUAUUAUAUUUAUUUUUAUUGUUUAGUCCUAUUUUUACAGCCAUUAUAUAAGUGUUACCCAUUCUGGUUGUUCAUUUUAUUUAUUUUUACUUAACAUUGUCUGUUUAAUUUUGUUCUUUAAUGUUUCUGCACAUAAAUCAGGGUUUUAACGUCAGUUAAUUAAACAUAAUUUAAACCGCACAUAUAAUAUUUAGGUUUUUAAAGCUUCAAGUCCUGUUUUGUGUCCAAUGGACCCUUUUCACACUUCUGGGUUUUGGAAUGCAGAAAUAAACGAUUGGGUAAACCUCGUCAGCGGUGAAUGGUAGUGUAUGGAAGACCACGGCAAAUAUCCACCGUAUUCCUACACCCCGUGAUGCUUUGCGCGAAAUGUGGGAGUUACUUCCGCUAAGAAGUAAACAGUUGUAGUUGCAUGGUACAUUCAUUGAUUUUUUUGUUGCAGUGUUGAUCAUUCAUACUUCUAAAUGUGUGAGCACAGCCUGAUGGAGCUUAAUACUCAC